AUUGAGCGCCCGCCUCACCUAAGAUGGCGGCGGCGGGAGCGCGCUGAGCGGGUGCCCGGCAGGCGGACGCGCGCUCGCCCCUCCUCCCCUCGCUGUCCCGGUGUUGUGGCUCUGGCCGCGGGCGGGGUCUGAGGGGCCGCGGCGCGGGAUCCCGGGGCUGUGAGCCUGGUUGCCGGCCGGUCGCUGGCAGGGGCGAGCGGCGCUCGGCGGCGGCAUCCGCUCGAGUAGAGCCCAGCACUCCGGUCCCUUCGGCAGAAGAAGGCUGCUGUGGGCGGGGGCAGCUCCGGCUCUUUCCCAGCUCGGCGGUGGCUGCGGCUCCGGUCUCCAUGUCGGACAACCAGAGCUGGAAUUCCUCCGGCUCCGAGGAGGACCCCGAGACCGAACUCGGGCUGCCUGUUGAGCUCUGCGGGGUGCUCAGCAAGUGGACCAACUACAUUCAUGGGUGGCAGGAUCGAUGGGUAGUUCUGAAAAGCAACACACUCAGUUAUUACAAGUCUGAAGAUGAAACAGAGUAUGGCUGCAGAGGCUCUAUCUGUCUGAGCAAGGCUGAGAUUACACCCCAUGACUUUGAUGAAUGCAGAUUUGAUAUCAGUGUGAAUGACAGUGUUUGGUACCUCCGGGCUCAGGAUCCAGACCACAGACAGCAAUGGGUAGAUGCAAUAGAACAACAUAAGACUGAAUCUGGCUAUGGAUCAGAGUCAAGUUUGCGACGUCAUGGCUCCAUGGUGUCUCUUGUCUCUGGAGCAAGUGGAUACUCUGCAACAUCCACCUCUUCAUUCAAGAAGGGCCAUAGCUUACGUGAGAAGCUUGCAGAAAUGGAAACCUUUAGAGACAUCUUGUGCAGACAAGUUGAUACUUUACAGAAAUACUUUGAUGCUUGUGCGGAUGCAGUUUCCAAAGAUGAACUCCAGAGGGAUAAAGUGGUAGAAGAUGAUGAAGAUGAUUUCCCUACAGUACGUCCUGAUGGAGAUUUUGUACAUAACAGUAACAGCAGUAAGGAGAAACUGUUUCCACAUGUGACACCCAAAGGAAUUAAUGGCAUAGACUUUAAAGGAGAAGCUAUAACUUUCAAGGCAACUACUGCUGGAAUCCUUGCUACACUCUCUCAUUGUAUUGAACUCAUGGUAAAACGUGAAGAAAGCUGGCAAAAAAGGCUAGAUAAGGAGACAGAGAAAAGGAGAAGAAUUGAAGAAGCAUACAAAAAUGCCGUGACAGAACUGAAGAAAAAGUCCCACUUCGGAGGGCCAGACUAUGAGGAGGGUCCUAAUAGUCUGAUUAAUGAAGAAGAAUUCUUUGAUGCUGUUGAAGCUGCUCUUGACAGACAGGAUAAAAUGGAAGAACAGGUACUGAAACUUGAAAAAUAUCUUAAUGAUGAGCACUUCCUGAGAGACUUCUGCAUCUUACAGUCUCCCUAUAGUCGCUCUUCCUCCAUGUCUUCCAUUGAUCUAGUCAGUGCCUCUGAUGAUGUUCACAGAUUCAGCGCCCAGGUGGAAGAGAUGGUACAAAACCACAUGACGUAUUCCUUGCAAGAUGUAGGAGGAGAUGCCAAUUGGCAGCUAGUGGUAGAAGAAGGAGAAAUGAAGGUAUACAGACGAGAAGUGGAAGAAAAUGGAAUAGUUCUAGAUCCUUUGAAAGCAACCCAUGCUGUUAAAGGGGUAACAGGGCAUGAAGUUUGCCACUACUUCUGGAAUGUUGAUGUUCGUAAUGACUGGGAAACAACAAUUGAAAAUUUCCAUGUUGUGGAAAAUAAACACAAACCUGAGGUUCAGGACUUAUGUUCAGGUGUUUCUCUGCAGAGAGUGUGGCCGGCUUCUCAAAGGGAUGUGCUGUAUUUGUCUGCGAUCAGAAAGAUACCAGCAUUCAGUGAAAAUGAUCCAGAAACAUGGAUUGUGUGCAAUUUCUCUGUAGAACAUGACAGUGCUCCUCUGAACAAUCGUUGUGUCCGUGCCAAAAUAAAUAUUGCAAUGAUUUGUCAGACGUUAGUAAGCCCACCAGAGGGCAACAAGGAGAUAAGCAGGGACAACAUUCUGUGCAAGAUUACAUAUGUAGCUAAUGUGAACCCAGGAGGAUGGGCACCAGCAUCAGUGUUACGGGCAGUUGCUAAACGAGAAUAUCCAAAGUUCUUAAAGCGUUUUACAUCGUACGUGCAAGAGAAGACAGCAGGAAAGCCUAUUUUAUUCUAGUACUAGCAGCAAUCAGAACAAGACUGGGUGAGCAUUCCGCAUUGGAGAAGUGACCAUGCACAAAGCACUCCAUGCUGGAACGAAGGAUCUACAGUCUUUUUAUGGCCGAGGUUCCAGGCUUUGUAUACUGAAGUGAAGAAGUGUUGCAACACCAUGGGGCUGAAUAUUUAACAAUUGCUCUCUCCUGCUAACUUUCUUGCUGAAUCAGUGUGUAAUUAUAAAUACAUGUAUUGAUAACAUGUAUAUGGCUCUAUUUUUAUUUGCUUGCUUUAGAAGAAGAAAAACGCAUAACAACUUUGAAUCACCAACAUGGGCUACUGUGUUAAUUUUAAACAAGUUGUAGAAUUUCAUUGUCAACCUUCCUAAGAUACUUAUGCAGUUUCUGUGCAUGUGUAAAAAGCACAAGAGACAAAUGCACAUAUAGCAUACUGUAUGUGCUUUAUAUGCACAAAAAUCUGUGUGGUAUUUUGGGGGUGUUGAAAGGAGUGGCUUCAGUAAAAUCUAGGUAAUUUGUUGGCAGGUUUUGUUUUGCUUUGUAUAAUCACAGUUCAUUACUGCUGAUUUCUAUAAUGAAUCAUCUUGUUACAUAAAAUGCCAGUUAAUAUCUGAGGGCUGUCAAUAUCCUUAAUGACUUUGCCUUUUCUAUUGUCUUACUCUUAUGACGAUCUUCAGUUCUGAAGGAGUAAGAGUGUGAAAAGCUUUAUUUUUUCCAGAUAUCUUUAUAUUUCUAUUGUAUUUUUUAGUUAUGUAAUAUGUGCUGCAUAAUUUUUGUUAUUAAACAUGAUCCAGAAAUACCUAGAAAGAUUCUGUAUGAGAGGGCAAGAGACUGCCUAAACCCUAGGAGACAUCUGUCCAUGCUAUCUGUGGACUGCUUUCUUGGAUGAUAUCUGGGGCUUUCCCAAAGCUGUGAGAAGGUACACUAUAAUAUUUAUUGAAAUAAUUUGGGUUAUAUAAAACAACAUUCCCAGUCUAGAUUGAGGAUGAGUACAUUAUUUUCAGAUCCUGCAUGUGUUUUCCUCAUCUCAAUAAAGCUGUGCUAUGAGGUUCAUGUAGAAAAUUAUUUGCCUCUUGAUCAAAACCCAUCAGAGAUACAGGAAUGCAUACUUCUUACUGGAAAGUUCCCUUUAGCUGCUGUGAAAAUUUACAUGUCAGGUGUUUGCCUGCCUUUGAUUCUGGAGAUACUUGUUAAGAAAGGACUGUGUUAGGCUAGUACAGACUGUGAGGUCUUUUAUCCAUGUCCUAUAGUUGGAAACUCUUCAGAAACUGCUCGGUGUUUCACUGAACUGGGUAUCUUAAGGAAAAAAGUUGCAGAUAUAUUUUCUUUAAAAGAAAGCUGAAAGUCAAAUUUAUGUCAUAUAGUGUGCUAGGUGCCUGAAAAGAGAUAUGCAGUAACUUAGUGAAGAUUUGGUAAAGAGUAAAUAUGAUCUGCACAGUGUUAAAAAACUUCUCUGUUCAUCUUCUCUGUAGAGACGAAACCAAACCUAACACAUGAUUACACACGCAUGCAGAUUUCAUGCUCCACAACUCUUCCCUUUUUAUUUGCCUUUCUCUAAUGGUGUGCAUGGAAUAUGCCUUAUUACAGAGUUAUUCUGUCCAUUUGAAUAUGUAGAAAAGUGCCUAUAUGGUAAUGUUAGCAAGGCAAAUAAGAUGAAAAUUUGUACAUCUUUACUAUAUCACCAGUGAGCAUUUUAUAUACUGAUGUUAAAAAACAAAAUCUUAUACCUCAAAAUGUACGUCAUCUUUUUACAGUCAACCAGGCAGUGGUACAUUCCACCAUAACCACUGAUGGGAACUUAAAAAAAAAGUCCAAAAUAUAAAGAGUUUAACUCCUUAUUUGCCAUUUCUGGUAAUUGUUGGAGCACGGGCAAGUUUAUUAAUUUAAUAGAAUAGCUUUAUUUUACAAAGGUAUGGAAAGUUUACAAAGCAGUAUAUAAACUUAUAUCAUUAGUUGCAUUUGCACUAAAUGUGAUGUACUUUUGCAAUUUAUUCUGUAAAUAAAACGACACUACAGAUCCUAUUUGUAAAGAGUAUGUUUUAAUUUUAGAUAAAGGCACUGGUACUUCACUGUAGCUAGCCCUGCCCAAUCGGAUUUGUAAGAGGCUUUUUAAAGACUAUGGAAGGAGUUACGUGACUCAGAAAUCAUUAUUAAUGGACCUCUGAAAAAGUAAUCUCAAAAGGCAGUAGGCCUCUCAUAUAUUGUCCUUGUGUGAGUAGCCAUUAUAUCCUUCCUUCUGGAAGAGAUGUUGCUUUUAUGGUUUUGUACAAUUUACCCUGUCUCUUGAGCCCAUCCCUCUUGUCAUUCACUGCCAGGUGUGUGCGCUGUGAGUUAUUUCCUCCUGUUAUCAGAUCAAGAGUGUUAACACGGCUGUGGUUGUCUUUGCAGAAGCAGCUUCUGACUCUAGAAUGGUUGCUUUGUAAGCUGAACCAGUUCAAAAUCAUCAGAUAUUGUUCUCUGGAUAUCUGCAUCUCUUUGGAGAAUUUGGAUGUUGCCAAACUAGAUCUGAAGGACAUGACUUGACAGAACUUGUACUGGGAAUGAAGAUGAGAUGGUCAUUGUUAUUCUGUCUUAGAAACUGAAAAUCUUUGACAAAUUUAUCUGUGAAAAAUGUGAUGCACUUUGAAAAAACCUUACCUUCUACUUAAUUGGGCUGAGCUGGCUUAUCUGAAGUUGUGCAGAUUCUCUUUAAUCAGAUUGUCCACCUGUAUUUUUGUCAAGUUGUACAGAUAAUGCUGUAUUUGAAUUGCCACUGUUCAUUUACAGACUUAAAACAUGAAUCAUAUUUUUGAGUACCUUGAGUGUGUAGAGUUGUAACUGUUCUAUAAUAGCUUUAUGAUCCUAAUGAUAAGUUUUAAAAAUUAAAAGAAGUUGGCUAUUACAUGUUACAAUCACAAAUUUAAAACCAGUAUUUAAAAUUUAAAAGUAUUAAAAAUUAUGAAGAAAAA